AUGGAUAAAAGUUGGAUCGAUCUACCCACUGGUCAUCGUGAAUAUAUCGACGGUUGUAUGGAAUUUAUUGAGUUUGCCAAGCAAGAUCUAGUCGAAGGAAAAAUUAGAUGUCCAUGUAAGAACUGUAAGGUAGAGAAAUGGUUCUCCGUAAAUGAAGUGGAGAGGCAUAUUUUGUUUAAGGGAUUUUAUAAGCCAUAUAAGGAUUGGAUUUUUCAUGGUAAAGGGGAUACGUUUCAGCGUAUGUUUGAGAGUGAUGGAGGGAUUACUAGUGAAGGAUCCCUUGAUAACCAAAGUGGGUUUGUAGGUCGAGAUAAUAUGGGAGGGCUAUUAAGAUCAGCAUUUAGUGUUAAUAUGCCUCCCAAUUGCCCAAAUUUAGAAGCACGAGAGGAUGAUGAAUGGAUUGAGGAGCCCGUGGCCUAUGACACAGAUGUAGAAUAUGAUUAUUCUACAAUGGAAGAAGAUGUGACAUAUAAGAAGUUGCUUGAAGCUUCUGAGGAGAAAUUGUACGAGGGGUGUAUCGAUUUUUCAAAGUUAUCUUUUCUGUUACACUUGUUUCACUUGAAGUGUAUGAAUCACUGGUCCAUAGAAUCUUUCAAUAUGUUGUUGAAGCUAAUUCUAGAUGCAUUUCCUCAAAUACUUGAUUUUCCCUCUUCUUAUUAUUACAGUAAGAAAAUGAUAAAAGACUUGGGCCUUGGGUAUGAAAAGAUUGAUGCUUGUCCGAAUAAUUGCAUGUUGUAUUGGGGUGAAUUUUUAAAGAAAGACAAGUGUCAUGUUUGUGGUACAUCGAGGUGGAAGAAAACUAAGGAUAGGGGCAACGUUGUAAGUGAUCAAGGUACGGAUACUUGUAAGAAAGGUGUGCCAGCUAAGGUAAUGCGAUAUUUCCCUCUUAUACCGAGACUAAAAAGAAUCUACAUGUCAUCAGAAACAGCAGAAGAUAUGAGAUGGCAUGAUACAGAGCGAUUGGGUGAAGAUGAUAAGAAGAUUUUAAGGCAUCCUUCAGAUGGCUUAGCAUGGAAGGCAUUUGAUGAGCGUCACAGUGAUUUUGCAUUAGACCCUCGUAGUGUUCGAUUAGGUCUUGCGAGUGAUGGUUUUAAUCCUUACCGUUUAAUGAACACCACUUAUAGUACGUGGCCAGUGAUGUUGAUUCCUUAUAAUCUUCCACCAUGGUUAUGUAUGAAACCGUCUUCUUUCAUUCUGUCCAUGCUUAUUCCUGGAAAAUCAAGUCCCGGAAAUGAUAUUGACGUGUAUCUGCAGCCAUUAGUGCAUGAAUUGAAAUUGCUGUGGACAGGGGUUGAAGCUUUUGAUGCUUUUGCCGGAGAGAAAUUUAAUUUGCGUGCGGCUUUGCUUUGGACUAUUAAUGACUUUCCCGGCUAUGCAAUGCUCUCUGGUUUGAGCACAAAAGGUUACAAUGCAUGUCCUAUAUGCUUAGAUUCCACGCCUUCUGAUAGAUUUGGGAGCAAGAUUUGCUAUUGUAGCUAUAGAAAAUGGUUACCUGCAGAUUACCCAUAUCGAUGUCAAGGUGACAAGUUUUGUGAGAAGUUUGGAACUAAUGAGUGGGGUAAAGCCCCAUCUCGUCCUAGCGGCACUGAUAUAUUGAGGCAGCAAGAAAAGGUGAAGCAUGUUUACGGAAAGUCGAAGGCACCACCGAAAAAGAGGCAAAGAGGACACGAUGAUGACGAUGAUGUCCAAGAUGAAAGUGACUUUGGUACCAAGAGAAGCAUAUUCUUUGAUUUGGUGUAUUGGGAGCAUAAUCUUCUAAGGCAUAAUUUAGAUGUGAUGCACAUUGAGAAAAACGUGUCUGAGAAUAAUUUGGGAACUCUUCUUAGUAUGGAUAAGAGUAGAGAUAGUAGGAAUGAUCGAGAAGCCCUUGAAGCAUGGAGAAUAAAGUCUCACCUUUGGCUGAGUACCAAUCCUAACGGAGGUGAAUGCAUGCCUCCGGCUUCCUAUUCUAUGUCUACGGAGGAGAAGGAGAGGUUCCUAAAUGUUUUGCAGAAAAUUAAAGUUCCUGAUGGAUAUGGAUCCAACCUUUCUAGUUGUGUGAAUAUGAAGCAAAGGAAGUUGAUUAACCUCAAAAGUCAUGACAACCAUGUUCUAAUGCAGGAUAUCCUUCCCGUUGCCUUAAGGGCCUCUAAAGCUACAAUAGUAAUUGACUUGUUGGCUAGAUUGUCUUCCUUUUUCAAGAAAUUGUGCUCUACUACUAUUGAUCCAGAUGAUUUAGAUGGUCUUCAAAAUGAAAUUAUUUUAACUCUUUGUGAGUUGGAAAAGGAGUUUCUGCCUUCAUUUUUCACAAUCAUGGUCCAUUUGUUGAUUCACUUAGUGGAGGAGGUUAAACUUGGUGGACCAGUGCAAUACAGAUGGAUGUAUCCCAUUGAAAGGUACUUGUCCCAUUUGAAAUCACAUGUAACCAAUAAAGCCCAACCUGAAGGAUCUAUUGCAGAAGGCUUCCUUUUAGAGGAGACAAUUAGGUUUUGUUCGAGAUAUCUUCAAGGUGUUAAGACCAUCUUCAACAUACCUAAAAGGAUAUGA